AUGACGGCAAGAAUAGUUUUCCGUACCUUCGUUCUAGCUCUCCUGCUCUACAGCGCAGUAACCACUAAGUGUCCUGCAGGUGGUAGAUCAGAGAAGUCCAUUUUGGGAUGGAUGUUACGAGGACACGUGUACGACACUCUUCUCGCUGAACGUCCGUUUACGUGCGUAGUCCAGUGUCGCGAAGACAAUCGAUGCCAAAGUAUUAACUGGGUUAUCUCUCUUCUUAUGUGUGAGUUUAACAACAGGACAAAGGAAGCCAGGCCCGAGGACUUCAUUCCAAACCAAGACAGAUCUUACUAUCGACGCGAUUUACAACGAGGUGAGCUAUCAUUAAGUGCCGGGGAUACUCUUAAGUUGACCGGUUACGGGGAAGCUCCCCACGAACGGGGUACCUUUAAUUUGUCAGGCUUCAUAUGAAAGAGCUAAGAAAUUUCACAGUUAAAGUAUAUGAAAGUUAGUCAUCUCUGGAGGCCGAUAAAAGAAACUAAAAGAGCUAACAGAUGCAUUUUAUGGAUGAGAAAAAGCAGACGGAAAUUUUUCUGGUUUUGAGCUUAUUCCUGUUUAAAAGACAUAGAAUUUACAGCAGUUAAGAGGGAUGCAAAAUUAUCGUAAAAUCCUAUGUUAAAGCCCCCUCCGGAUUUAAACCCAUCAGUUUGCAAACGAAGAUAUUAUUCUGGAUAUACCACCCCCCCCCCCCCACCCCCCCCCCCACCCACCACCCCACACCCAGCACCCCCCACCCCCCCCUCCAACACAAGACCCCCAACGACGCUUAGUGUUUUUUAUAAUAAAAAAGAAAAAAUUAUCAAACUAAUAAAGGGGUGAAAAAAAUUAUAAAAACCUCAUUUUAAACCCCCCCCCGGAUUAAACCCCACAUCUUUCAAAAAAAAAAUAUUUUUUUGGAAAACCCCCCCCCCCCCCCGCCCCCUCCACCCAAGAUAUAAGCCCAUGUUAUGCCAAGCGCGUUUUGUAAAACAGUAGCCACUUGAAUUGGAACAUGAAGCUGCGAAAUUGUGCGGGUGAAAUAGAAAUAUGAACUUUGUUAAUGCUACCCAGAGGACCGUUUCUUGAAGUUUUUUGACUUUUGUCCUGUUCCGUUCCAGUUGUUUAAGUGUUUUGUAGAUGUUUGUGAAAUACAUUCUCCAUUUAUUGUGAUCAAUUUAUAAUGGAAUGUUUGCUUUAAUUCGGUUCAGAUAUAUUUUAUUCUGUCGGUCCGAUACAUUUAUUUCGGCUUAUACCCCCCUUCCCCCUUUAUAAGCCCACCCAAAACCCUUUAUGAAGUUAUAUAAGCCCCUGAGCUUUAACGUGGGAUUUUACGGUAGUUCUAAGAUUCGUGAAUCGAAGGUAUACGAAAGGGGUACCUUUCUUGUCUAAAACGUUGUAUAAAACGGUAAGGGGUUGGACCUCAGGGCGGAACCUCCGGUCCCGGCUUUAUAAAACUUUGUUGAGUAGCGCCCCGAGCAUAAACUAAAACCUCUGUAGGAGUAAAGGCGAACUGAUAAUGAAGAAUUGUUUUUUAACCUCUCAGUUCCCCUUGGUUCGAUUCAAGAACUCCCAGCUGAGACUUGUGACGAAAUAAAGAGGAGUGAAGGACACGCUGUUAGCGGAAAAUACUGGUUUUCCACUAUAAAAUCUGGUACAUCUGUUCUGGCUUAUUGCAAUAUGGAUACCAACGGUGAGUUUAGUUAGUUAUAUAAUCGGCGACUACCGUUAAGCUGAUUGUGCCCCCUGAUAAUUUAUGAUUAUUAGACAACUGACUUAAAUGUUUCAUAUUUAGUCACAGAUGCGGCGACUGAUGAAAAAUUAACCGAGAGAUUGAAACUGAUAAGACCCGGAGAAAAAAGAUAAAUUUGGAAGUAAAAAAAGACUCAUGUCACGAAGGAAUGAGUACUCCCAACGUCACAUGUUAGGGCUUGAGUAAAUGCCCUUCAAUAAUUUUUUUCAUGAAUCAAUAUGCUUGUUGUUCUAGACACUGACGAAUGCAGUGCUUCUACACCUGUAUGUGACAUCAAUGCCAACUGCUCCAAUACUCGUGGAUCGUAUAUCUGUACCUGCAGGGCAGGAUAUACAGGCGAUGGCGAAACUUGCCAAGGUAGGAUAAAGCUUGAUUUACUGUGAUAACAACGAAGACGGCAGAUUCCAAGGGACUUGUGAUGACCAGCAAAAAUGGGCAAUCCAUCGAAUCCAGUCCGUUUAUAUACCGGCAGUGCAUGAGAUCAUAUGCCUCUGGUUAUACUUCUGUCAUAGAAACUUUUUGCGAAGCCUGCCGGAAAACAGCCCACAUUUGGCGACGCUACCACCGGUUUCCCCAGCAAAUGCUAGAUCUGGGUAGUACUUCUGAUUGGUCGUGUAGCGUGGGAAAUUUAAUUAAACCAAUCAGAAGCACUACCCAGAUCUGGGUAGUGACGCAUCAGUAUGGAAUUUCUGCGCUAGUUUCUUAGACGUCAUUUGGCGGGUAAACCAGUGGUAGCGUCGCCAAAUGUCGGCUGUUUUCUCAGGCAACUUUUUGGGUAGAUGUAAGUGUAUAGAAAUUCUGUAAAAGACCGCGCAAGAAUUAAAACGUUUGAAGUCCGUUAUUUAACCGCGACAAGUAAUGCUGUAAUUACUUAGUAGAGCACCUAGCCCAGUAGAAAAAGAAAAACAAAAUUAUGAAGCAACAGCAACUGACAGAUUUAAACUGAUAAGACAUGGAGAAAAAAGAUAAAUUUUAAGGGAAAAAAGACUCAUGCCAAGGAAGAAUGGGUACUCCUCGCGCGCGUCACCUUUUAGGGCCUGAGUUAAUGCCCUUCAAUUUUUUUUUUCAUCAAUCAAUAUGUUUGUUGUUCUAGACAUUGACGAAUGCGGUGGUUCUUCUCCUGUAUGUGACAUCAAUGCCACCUGCUCCAAUACUCGUGGAUCCUAUAUCUGUACCUGCAGGGCAGGAUAUACAGGCGAUGGGAAAACUUGCCAAGGUAGGAUAAAGGUCGAAACAGCGGGUAACCCUAGGUUUUUGGAGCAGCCUAUACAGAAAAACCCUUUUUUAGAAGAAUUAUGAGAGAUAUAUGAAAAAUGUUAAAAAGUUCUGGCCUGGACAACUCGAUGGCGAUGAAGAAGAAAUCUCUAAAACGUUUUGGUUCCCUGUUGAGAAAAUUCAGACUGUUAUCAACGGGGAUCGAACAAGGCUGAAUAUUUUCAUUUAUUUAUAAUUAUUUGAUAUUAUUUUGUUAGCAACGAGCCUACGAUAGAUCCUAGUGGAACUUCAAUAUUUUUGUUGUUGUUUUUUAGACAUUGACGAGUGCAGUGCUUCUCCUCCUGUAUGUGACGUCAAUGCCAACUGCUCCAAUACUCGUGGAUCGUAUAUCUGCACCUGCAAGGCAGGAUACAACGGCGAUGGAAAAACUUGCGGAGGUAGGAAAAAAUAAUUAGUGAAUCUUAAGGUCAGUUUCUUUACUGUUAUAAUAUCAAUUACGAAAGUGUCCUAAGGACAUGCGACAUAAUAGCGUUCAAAAUGGUGGAUAAUGAGAUCGGCAAUCCGCUAAAUCAGCCGUUCAGCUUUCGUAUCCAGCAUUGUAUGAAGUCAUGCCUCAUGUUAUGCCUAUGCUGGAGCCUAUAACACGGAGCGCGCAACUUCCAUGUAUUCUUAUCAAGGCGUUUUCACCGACCAUUUUGGCGUGAAUUUAGACUAUCUUUUAGGUCUCCCAAACCAGUCAGCAAAACGAAAAUGCCUGAAAAUGGCAUUUCCGACUUUUAAAUAACUCUGCAUCAUGAGCCGCCACUUAAGACUGAUGCGCUACCUCACUUGUUAUAUUUAACCGUCAACCGCCUAAAAUGCAGGUUAAGACUAAACGUCAAGUUUCAAAGUGUUUCAAAUCUCAAUAUUUCAGCUGAUCUUCACGGAAUUCCGGCUCCUAAAGAAUUUCUAAACUGGGAAAACCAGUUUUCUCUCAUGCCCAACAACCUUCUUAUAUCUGAAAAUAUUUUGAAAUUUUGUAAGUGAAAGACCAAGACAACCUUCAAAACACAUCAGUUACUUUUAAUUCAUACAGAAGUUGAUGUUAAGAUCAACUUUUAGACCCAAUUUCCAAUAAAUAACCGUCAACAGCUCUAAAAUUUAACCGUCAGCCGUCAAAAUUGGAAACAAUUAACCGUCAACCGUCAAAGCUACCACCCCAUUGACAUGGGGUUCACUGACCGCAAGAUUCAGGAAUCGGUAUUUUCAGGUUUUACUCUUCUAUCAUGAUAAAUUAAAAGUAUAAGUUCUAUCUUAAUUCCACAAAACUUUACCUUUGUAUAUUUUCAGGGACGUCUUUAGUAAGUGCUUUUUUUUUUUUUAAAUAUUCUUUGAAAUAGAGGUACACGUGAAUACUAGAAAAAGGAUUUUCACUAAAAUAUCCCAAACCAGUCAGCAAAACGAAAAUGUCUGAAAAUGGCAUUUCUGACUUUUAAAUAACUCUGCAUCAUGAGCCGCCACUUAAGACUGAUGCGCUAACUCACUUUCGUGCAAACUGCAAAUGGCGCGUAAAUUUAAGUCAUCUAGUUCAUAAUAAGGAUUAGAUUUGAAUAAGGAUCUAGGAAGUUACAUUCAUACUUAUUGAUGCAUACAUGCACUAUUCUAUAAUUCAAUUCAUGUCUACAUUUUAUUGAACGUAACCAUAAAACGUAUUUUUUUUUUCUAAAUAAUUUAUAUAAUUACUUCUCUUAAGGACGGUGUCCACUAUUGUUACUACGCAAAUUUCUGCGCAUGCCAAAGUAGUCGCGCGCGACGCGAAAGAAAUGUGCAACACGCAGGACACGCGGAUUGGUUUUGUCUCCUGUAAGUUUUUCAGCAGAUGAAAAAUAAUUUCUAUUUGCCUUGUCAGUUUUUUGAAAACCGAAGAAGUAUGCGCAUGUUGCUAUUUCUACGUAUGAUCGAUCUGACCGAACAUUUUAUAGUCAAACAAAAGUCAAUUCUAAAACAUCAAAAGUUAUCGCUUCAAGAUGUUACGCUUAGAGCUUGGGUAUUAAAAAUUCCUCCAUAGACAAGGAUCAGUAAAUCAGAAGAAAAAUAGCUCUAAGUCCUCCGCUUAAUCCAGAAACUGCAAGCUUACCUUUCAAUCGCCUAAAGGGAUUAAUUUAAGGUCGAAACCAACCAAUUUAACUUCUAAAAACGCGUGGUAACCCCUACUUUUUAUCUUACCAAAUGAAAGUAAUAAGCCUACUCAGCAAACGAUCAAUUUUUUGUUCGGGGAAAAUGUCGUUUACACUAUUUUUGAGGCAAAUGCGUGGAGAGGGGUAACUGCUGAUAACUUCCCAGUUGUGCUGAUAUUUCAAAAAAAGACGUAUAAAGAGCAGUUGUUAUGUCAUCAUUUGUUGCCUAUUUUUAAACCUUGUUACAAUUAUCAUUGCAUUUGUGCCAGUUCACGUGUACACUCUGAAAUUUUGGGAAAAAUAACUUUUUAUCAUUUUUCUAAAAAACGCCUAUUCAGCGUUUUUCUCCAUAUUGAAGCGCAGUUAUCUCUGAAAAAUGCGUAGUUACCCCCAGUUUUCUUUUAGGAUUUCAAUAGCCCCUGAUAUGAUCUACUUGUCUCACAUAGUCAUUAUCCGGGAAAAAAUACUUCCCAUUAGUGGGCACCGUCCUUAAGAAGUAGUUACUUAAAAGUACCUUUAGCAAUUAUUGAAUGAGGCUGAGUGGGAUGACGAAUUUUGCAGUUGAGGUGCAUAACAUCCUCCGAGAUCUGCAUGAUUCUUUACAUUACACGAAAGCCUAAUUCAUUCUUUCGCAUUUCCGGUGUCUGGCAUGUUGGGUGGGGGAAUUUAAUUACAAGUGUCGGUUUAAUACAGGUUGGCAACAAUAGAAAUGACCAUUUCAGGUACUCUUCAGGUGCCCGCGUCGGCUUAAAGGGAAAUAAAUUUGGGGAAUCGGCUACUGUCCGCUUAAUAGAGGACAUCCGCUUAAUGCGGUGUCCGCUUAAUACCGGUUUCACUGUAAGUGAUGUCAAUUUCGAAAAAAGAUGUUACCUGAGUUACCUUUUCUUUUCUCUUCCCUUAUAUCAAUUUUUCCAGAGGGACUGACUGACUCCGUUAUCGUAGGAGAUAAUGUGUAUCACUUAGCCAAUUUAAGUACAUGGCUCAAACCAGUCGCCCAAAGCGAAUCUUCAAAAUGGAAGCGCUGUUGGCGUGCGUCCGUGGAUGGCUGGGCUGCAAGUACUUUUCACAGCGGAUGUGACAACAAAGGGCCAACUGUAACAAUCAUAAGAGUCGGAGGGAAAUACAUAUUUGGAGGGUACACUAACCUCUCAUGGGUUGGUAAGUGAUGUAAUUGUAACAGUCUAAACACCAUACAAAGCUAGCGACGUUUUCGUAUCACACCGUCGUUGCGCAUACUAAGCUACAGAGAGUUUUGGCGUACGGACCCUCGACUGGCCCCUCUCCGACAAUACUCAAUACUCUCUCCAUUUUAACAGAACAAUGUUUAGGAAUUCGGGUUUGUAUGUUUAACAAUAAUUCUGAAGGGUAACUUCAUCAGGGAAUCGUAUUCGCAUUCGUAAUGGUAACUUUGUUUCAUGUAAGAAAGUCAAACAAUGAUACUGUUAAGAAAAUUAACAUCAUAUUAAAUAACAACAUGAAUUUAAAACAAAUGUAAUGGGAAAAUGAUGGAUAUCGGUGUUGGAGUGGGUUAGGGCUAAAUCUUUACUAAGACGACUUUCUCUCUGAUUUUCUUUUAAAAAAGCGCAAAUAAGGCGAAGUAGUAGUAUACAACGUGAAGAAAGUUGUAUUACACAGAGAUGAAUCAGCUUGUCACUGAUGAUUUUCACCGUUGCAUAUAAGCCGUUAUAUUCUUUUAAUAUUUUACCAGCCGCAACUCGGCCAGGAUUUUUUGCAAGCCAUCUUAGUUUUGACUUUUGAGCUAACUUAAAUGGGUGCGGCUGGAACUUCAAACUUAGCGGGUGGAACUUCGGGGUCGAGUUGCAUCAUCUUUCUCUUCCAUUGUUGUGAAUUUCUUAGACAAGAAAUUGUCCAGGUUCUUCAUAAAGUUAUUGUCCAGGUUUUUUCGCAGGUUGCUUUUUAAGUUUUUUUUGUUUUUUUGUUUUUUGUUUUUUAAAAAAAAACAAUGUGUUUGGUUGUAAAGUCAGAGCGGCGUUGGCAACCACGAGCAGGUGGCCGCUGCGCAAUGCUGUAAUAACAGUCAGAGACGGAAACGCCGAGUUGAUUAUGAAAAAAUCAAGUUGCUUAUUGUAUGUCCGAUUGCAAAGUUUCCAUGACAACACCGAGUUAAUUAUGAAUUCUUCUCGCAUGUCCUUUUGCAAAGCUUCCACGCCAUCCACUUUGACGAACAUACCAAUGGCUUUUCUACCCAGCAUCAAAAAGCUAAUUGUAAUCAAUGUUUUGGUGGUCUUGCGCCAAGUCGUAGGCCUCAUACAAUUCAUAAUAUUUCGCCACAUCUUCGUCUUAAAGGGGUUUCUCCUGUUAUUGAGUUGGGACCCGGUCGCCUCUUUGAAUUUUCCCUUGGAAACAAGCACU